UGUGCUGACAUUGUCGUCGUUGUUGUGCAGUAGAGCUCUUUAUCCUCUGGCCUUCUUCAGAACAGAGGCGCUUUGUUAGGAUUAUUAUUCUGCUAGGAUUGCUAGCAGAAUGCGUGGUGCUAUAGAUAUUCCUACAUUAACGAUGAUAACGUGUCUUAAAUAUCCCCAGCAACGGAGAAAUGUCAUUUCCGUUAAAAAAUCGGCUGUUUGCGCAGAUAUGCAACGUUAAUGUAACGUUUUAUCUACAUUAGCUGUUAUUUGUAAUAACUAGCUUGCCAGGCUAAUUAAACAUUUAAGAUGGAAUUCGUGAAAACUGAAUUAAAGUAAAUCAAAUGUUAUCGAAUGUAUGCCUUCAUCAAAUAACUUAUUUUGUAUGUCGUGCUGAUAUUUGUUUGUAUUAUUAUUAUUAUUAUUAUUAUAUGUGACGUCAAACGGCACCUGCUGUUGCAUAACAGAUCAAUUCAUAUUGAUGAAUGCAACAAUUGUAUUGUAUAAUGCAAGAAUUGUCUGUUUUAAAAGAUUUUAAAUGAUCUAAAUAAACCGUUGGUGUAAUGUAGGCUAUAUAAAUGUCAAACUGGCACAGAAUUGCACAAAAAAACUGUGACGUUAUCUUCACACUUGACGCUGCCUGUCAAUAUAAACUGCAAGUUUCAUCAUCCACUUUUGUCACCAUAAAUGACGUUUUGUUGACCUCUGUGUCACUGUUACACCUGUUGUUGAAGUCUUAUUCCCCUCAGGAAAAGAUAUAACUAGUACCCUGAGGCAUAUCUUUAAUAUUGGGAAUAGUAGUUAUCAUAGUUUAAUGUUUCUGUAUGACUGUUUUUGCAUUUGUUUUUGCAGUGUGUUGCUCGUCUGUUUCUUUAUACUAGUUUUAAAUGAAGCAUCUGUUCAGGAAACCGUUCAGGUUUUUAUCGGAGAUUCUGUAGUUUUGCCGUGUCGUUCUCCCAGGCAACCUACCAAAUUUACUGCAUACUGGAGAUAUGAGGACAGCAAGAAUGUGUAUGACAUACAAGAUGGCGUAGCAUCGACUAAGGAGCAGGAGCCAGUUUACAAAAGCAGAACUGAAAGUUUUCCUGCAGAAUAUUCACAAGGAAAUUUCUCCCUCAAACUUAGGAAACUUCAGAAUAUUGAUGCAGGGUCGUUCUGCUGCUUCCUCCCUGAGUUUAAUUCUGUUCAAAUAUGCACAGUGCUUCAAGUCAAAGAAAAAUCAAGGGGAAUCCAAGAGAAGCCUGGCUUUAACCGUGGCAUUGAAUCCAAAGCGGAGAGGCUUGUCUCUCUGUUGAAUCCUCUCUUUGCUGGGACUAUUCUGCUCUGGUUGUGUGUGGUGAUUAUGGGUAGUUAAGCAGUGUGUGCUUGCUAAGCUGAGCUUUUACUUUGCAAUAUAUGACUAUAGUCAAACCUGGAAACGAAACCUGUUUCCUGCUGGACCAGAGUAAGAACCACAAAAUUACAUUUUUAUGUUCAGCAGUUCAUCAAGAUGCAAUUUUGUUAACAUUUAGACGCACACGCGACAUAUCCGACAUGUUACAGAUCUUACUCUGGGCAGAUGCUAUAAACACAGUCUGUUCACUGGACUGCACUUUAGAUCCGCCAUUCAGCUAGAAAUGUGGCUUUCAGGGAACAUUUCCAGUGGACAACCAAUAAAUGUUUAGCAAUAAUUAACACUUAACAGUGUUCAUUCACAAAAUCAAAACAUGGCAUCUAACCUGACGAGGUCUAUCGUUUCCGUUUUUCAAUAAUAGAAGAUUUGUGAUGCAGUGCUUUUGUUGUGCGAUAUAGUUGAGUUUACUAAAUUAUUUAAACUACUGUUUAUAUCAAUUUUGUUGCACUAUAGCUAUAUUUAUUUAUUUAUUUAUUUAUUUAAAAUAAGCUAAUUCAUUCCACCUAUUUAAUUGAUUUGAUGUAUAUAAUUUAACUUAUUCAAAAAUUUGUCCUGUAAACCUGUCAAAACAUAAGCAGUGCUGCCUGCAAUAAGUGCAAGUGAAUGAGUUCUGGUAUCUUCUGUCUGUUGGUGUUGUUGUUUUUUUUUUUUGUUUUUUUUUUUACUAGUUUUGACUAAAUGAACUGCAUUGUGACUACUAUUUCCAUUAAAACUAAAGGUGGGACCAAGAACUGACAGUUUUAUCAGAAGAGGCCGUCUUAGUGACAUGUAAAGAGACCAAUUAGUUUGUUGUGUUUUCCAUUCCACUUAGAGGAGGGUUGAUCUGAAAUAGGUGAUGUCACAAUAUUAGGCACGUUUUGAUGGUACCAUGUAAAACCUGCAUUUAUUUAGAGUAUCAGUUCUGUAACUCUUGAAUGUCUUGUGUUCAGAAAUAAACGAGCCAUCCUCCUUA